GUGUUGUUCUCUCACCACAGUCUGAAGACAUCAGAAGCUUUAUUUGCAAGUCACAUCUGAAGAAUGCACAAUGAAUACUUUAACUUAUCCUGUCCGGUUUUUCUUUAUAUUCUUUCAAGUCCAUGUUGAAGCAUCAUCCUGGACCGUUGCGGUGCCGUCUUCAGUGAAUGGACUCAUUGGAUCUUGCAUAGUGAUUCCCUGCUCAUUUGACUAUCCUGAUCCACAGAAGGACAUCCAUGAAUUCACCGGGACUUGGUGGGAUGCCGAAAAUUACUGCACAUAUCACCCCGUUGGCUCAAUGAUAAGUCAACAGUAUCAAAAACGGACUGAGCUGGUAGGAGACAUCAAGAAGAAGGACUGCUCACUAAAGAUUGAUCCUCUUCAACAAACCGACCAAGGGCCUUUUCAUUUCAGAAUUGAAAUGAAAAACUUUGAUCAGUUCUCCUACAUAGACGAAACUGUCUCCAUAAAAAUCAUACGUACAAGUCCUGUCAGUUUGGCUGUGAUGGCAGACACACAACCUCCACUUCUAAUUGCUUCCUGUACUGCCACCUACUCAUGCCCAACCUUUCCCCCUACCUUCCUCUGGAGUCACUUCGGACAAGUACAAUAUCAGGAACGACCAUUGGACCAAAGCCAAAGGAAAGCUACAUCAACAUUGACUUUACAUCCUGCCAACGCAAACAACAACACACAUUUGCAAUGCUCCGUCACAUUCAGAGGAGGGCAGCAACAGAAGGCAACCAAAAUAAUAAAUGUGAAUUAUGCCCCGGAGAAUGUAAGCGUUGACUACGACGCAAACGUAAAAGAUGGAGCUUCUGUGAGUCUGAAGUGCAGCUGCAACGCCAACCCUCCUGCCAGCUCUUACGAGUGGCAUAACGACUAUGGUGUUCGGCUGUACGAGGGCAGCAUCUUCAUCCUGACAAAUGUCUCCAGACAAACAGGGCCAUUGCACUGCACUGCCAUUAAUGCUGUAGGUAAAGGAACAUCACCACCUGUGCAGCUUAAUGUGAAAUUCCUUCCGAGGCCCGACACCAAGCGACCUUUGCCUUCAUCUGGGUUCAUCGAUUGCGUGGCUAACACCACUAUGUGCAGCACCAAUGCCACCAUCACUUUGCCUGUUCACAACAUAAUGCUGUACCUUUACAGUAUUAUUAUUCCAGCUGGAGCUGUCAUCGUGCUGGCUAGUUUUUUAAUUUUGAUUAUAAGAAAGUUGCGUAGAUCAAGAAGGGAGUUUUCUUCAGCGCCACAUCAACCUGUGGAGUGUCUUCAAACUGUCAAAGCAACAAGGAAAAACAUCAAGGAUCGUCCAGCUCAUAGCAGCAUGUACACUGAUCAUAUAUAUGGAAACAUCAGUGAGGCAGAGUGGACUUUCGAGUGUGGUCCAAUCUACGGCAAUGUGUAAAAUAGACCUGAAGGAUAGAACAGGCAGCCCUUCAAUUCAAUUCAAUUCAAUUUGUAUAGCCCUCAAUCACAACAGAGGUCUCAAAGGGCUUUACAGAGGCAAUAUGAUACACGAUUAGAAAUGAAGCAACAAAGAUGAAUAGAUACAGUUCAAGUCCUGGGUAUCCCCUAUCCUUAAGGCCCUCCAUGCCGGCAAGGAAAAACUCCAAAAACUCGAGAGUCAAUUGGGAGAAAAAUGAGAAACCUUGGGGAGUACCACAGUCAGGAGAGAUCCACUCCCAGGACGGAUAGACAGGAACCCCAGAACGGCUAAUGGGAAUUAGCAAGCGAAAUUGUAGUCCGUAAAAAUACAGUGGAGUAAAGGAGCAAGAAGAGGUCCCUCUGGUCAGAUGAGACGGGGGUAGCAGCGAGGACGUCAAUCCAGCCAGGGGUCCGGACAGUCAGGAGGCUGCAGCUGAAAAAUAGCCCCUCCCCAGAGGGGAGAGGGGAAAGGGGACACCGGGUGACUAGUGAUGAAGAGACUAGACAACUAGAUAUUAACAUUGGAAAAUAGAAAUAAAGUAAGCCCUUGUCACUGCAGCUUCUCCAAUUGAACUGUUGGGUAUAUUUGUAAAAAUGCAGAUGUAUUGUAUAUCAUUUCACACAAAACUCUUGAAACCACUCUAUGUAUUUAAUUAAACUUAAUUC